AUGUUCCUCCAAUAUGGAGCGAAUGUAUUUGCAAAUAAGUUCCAAGACAGUAUGCUAAGUUUGUACCCUUACGGAGAUUACUCAUCGUUUGAGGACCCUGGUAGCUUUGUGAGGGAGAUGGAUGCAGUUGUCAACAAUCUUGUAGACUUAUCCGGAAAACUGGUAGCAUCUAUCAAUGCAGAAUUGGAAGAAGCAUCAAAUUAUGAUUUACAGUCUGCUAACGAAACAUCUAAUCUGAAUGCAGCCGAGGUUAUAAACAAAAUGCUGGCAAGGCAGGUUGUAACUGAUUUACUGGUGUAUAAGUUUUCUUAUCUUCAUGAAAUGUACAAGAAUGCAUCGGUGAAGUUAAAGAAAAUGCCCGAGACAAAUCCGUUGUUCGAUGAUAUGCCAUUUGAUCCACCACUAACAAGAAUGGUGAUCUAUGAAUGGGUUAGAAACAUGGUCAAGACAUUUAAUGAAGCUGCUAUGGUUGAAGACAAGUUGUCUAGAACCUGGACCGAAAUAAGAGAUGAAAUAAACAGCAAUCCAAAAGAACCAAGCAAAUAUUAA